CAUACAUAUGUCAUUGGAGAUUCCCUAGUUUCUCUGCCGACAAUUGGAGCAUCUGUCAAUCGCAAAUGAACAGAUCCUAGUUACAUAACGCAGGUAUCAUGAAUGUGUUGAUGUCAAAUUGUUCAAAGAUGGUCGGAAUGACACCGUAUAUCUGCAGAAAUGCGCUACGCCAAGCCAGAGCUUUGCAUACUGCGGCAGUUCAAAAUGCUGAAGCCAGAUUUAAAACCUUCUCAAUUUACCGUUGGAAUCCAGACAAGCCUGAUGAGAAACCAUAUAUACAGAAAUAUAAAAUCGAUCUAAAUACUUGUGGCCCAAUGGUAUUGGAUGCGUUAAUUAAAAUUAAAAAUGAAAUUGAUCCAACAUUGACAUUCCGUCGUUCUUGUCGUGAAGGUAUUUGUGGAUCUUGUGCUAUGAAUAUCGGAGGGACAAAUACAUUGGCAUGUAUUAGCAAAAUUGAUAAAAACACAAGUACAUCGUGUAAUGUUUAUCCAUUGCCUCAUAUGUAUAUUGUUAAGGAUUUGGUGCCAGAUUUGAGUAAUUUUUAUGAUCAGUACCGCAGCAUACAACCCUGGUUGCAGCGCAAGGAUACUGGGAAACAGACUGGAAAUAAGCAGUAUUUGCAAAGUGUAGAAGACCGUAAAAAGUUGGAUGGUCUCUAUGAAUGUAUUCUCUGUGCUUGCUGCAGUACUUCAUGUCCAUCCUAUUGGUGGAAUGGUGAUAAGUAUUUAGGCCCCGCAGUACUUAUGCAAGCAUAUAGGUGGAUUAUUGAUUCGCGAGACACUCAAACAAAGGAGCGCCUAGAGAAAUUGAAGGAUCCGUAUUCGGUUUUCCGUUGUCAUACAAUCAUGAAUUGCACACGUACUUGUCCAAAGGGUUUAAAUCCUGGAAAGGCGAUAGCAGAAAUAAAAAAAUUAUUGGCUAACCUAAGUCAGAGACCGAAACCAGAUCUCGAAGCAACAGGAGCUCCAUAGUUAAAGGAAUAUCAGGUAGAAUUAAUAAAUUCCAUAUAUUUAUCUUAUGGAUUACUACGUGCAGCGAACAUAUAAUUAGUGUGAUAUUUGGUACGAUUGAAUAUAUGUGGACCCACGAAAUAGCGGAUAAAAAUAUCCUAGGAAUCGCAAGGUUUAAUCAAGCACUACUUGUAAAUAAAACAGAUUUCCCCUA